AUGGAAAAAAUGAAUUCGCUAAUAUUAAUGCUACUGUUUGCCGAUUCGACUGCUUGGACACGUCUGAAAUUCGUCAAAUCAGGAAGUGAAAGACUACAACAAAAUGUUAUGGAUAGGACAGCAUGCAACCAUCACAAUUGUCUGAAAAAUCGGAAAUUUUUACUAACAAUGAUGCAAUCGCCACUUCGAAUAAUAAAUAUCGCUGUGGAUCCACCAGUAAAUAUUCUUAUUAGGAAUAGCGAUGAGUGCAAGUACAACGAAGAUUGCAAGGAUGAAAAUUUUUGUUGGAAUGGAUAUUGUAUGCCGCGAGGUAAUCCUGGAGAUUCUUGCCUAUCAGACGAUCAAUGUUCCUCAGGACUGAUGUGUUCAAACCAAACUGGAUCAAAUGAUGGAAUAUGCAUUUCCCAUUUGACAGAAAAAAACAUCAAAAACGUUAGCGACAAAUCAGGGAUGAAUUGGAUUCCUAAGGAUCAAGUGAUUAAAACUAAUGCAAAAAUGGAAAAAAAGUUGGAAACAAUUUUUACACACAAGGAUGAAGGAAUAAAUACUUUUGGCGGAAUGAUGGGGGAAUUCUCUUCACUCUCCAUUACAACGGACGGCACUUUGAACACAAUAAAAGCUCCUUCAUCUCCUGAGACAGAAAUCACAACCGAGGGUACAUUAUCAACGUUUCCUUCAUUUUCCGCGGCAGAAAUUACCACUGAAGACUCAUUAUCAAUGUCGCUUUCAUCUCCUGAGACAGAAAUCACAACCGAGGGUACAUUAUCAACGUUUCCUUCAUUUUCCGCGGCAGAAAUUACCACUGAAGACUCAUUAUCAAUGUCGCUUUCAUCUCCUGAGACAGAAAUCACAACCGACAAUACAUUAUUAACGUUUCCAUCGAUAGAAAUUACAGCUCAAAACUCAUUAUCUCGUGUGACAGAAAUUAUCACUGAUAAUGCAUCAGCCACAAAAUCUUCUUCAUCUCCUAUGUCAGAAGAUAGCAUUGAGGAUGCAGUAAUGGGACCUUCGUCCUUCUCAACAGAAAAUAGUGGUGAAGGUAAAACUACAGUUAAGUUUGCUUUUACCGCUACGAUUGGAAAGAGCAACAUAAGUGAAGCCGAAAAAGAUAUUCCUACGGUUCCCUCGAAUCAGUCUGAUGUCACUAACAUGAAUACUGUUGACUCACACAGAGGAAUUCUUUUUGAAGUCGAAAACAAUUCAAAGAGUUAUUCCGAGAUCGCUGAUAUGAUAAGCUCUUAUUCAUCGCAUCCUUCAAAUGAUUCAUCCACAACUGCUUUAAACACAACGGACAUUUCAACUUAUUUGCUGCCGCAACCACAAUAUUGGUGUGACGAUGGCUGGAAACUUUUUCGGGGUCGGUGUUACAUUCAGAUGAAUGACGGCAAUUACACAUAUCAUGAAGCUAAAAAGAAGUGUAUGAAUAUGGGAGCGCUGUUAGUGGCUAUCGUUAAUGAAGAUGUCACAGGAUUUUUGUAUUCUAAUUUCUACUUCAAGCAUCCAUUUUGGAUUGGUCUUUCGAACGAUGGCAAAGGAUGGAAAUGGUCAGAUGGCACAAAAUUGAAGUAUCAGUUGUGGGGUAAGAAUGAACCGAAUACAAUAUACUCUUGUGUAUUUGCGGAAACCGAAAAGAAUGGAAGAAAUUGGUACACAGCUAAUUGCGAUGACACAAUCCUUCAUGAUAGCGUAAUUGGCUGCGUAUGUCAGCAAUAA